CUGCGAGGCCUAAAUCUUAUCUUCUACUUUCUGUCGCCUAGGGUUUCUCUUCCCUUGAAGAUAUGCCUCCUCUACGAAACCUACUGACAAAGGACUGGUUGAUAUGCUUCUUUUAAUCGCCACCCGACCCGAUCUUGGGCGAACGCUGCUUAUUGAUUCCAUGAGUCACUGGAAUCUAAUUUAGAGGGUCAAUAAAUUUUGUCCGGUCGCUGCGUCUAUCGGCUAGUCCGUUGUCGUGUUUCGCUUACUUGGCGUGUAAGUAACAUUUGUCCUGGAAUCCAGCUCCUUGCCGGGUCGUUCCGCCUACCGAUUCAAUCACAUUCGUCACUGGAUCUAAUUUCUUGACAUGGGUUAGUUAUAUCCGUUGACGGUUAUGUAACAAUCAACACCUUGCCACAUGCCACGCCACUCCAUGAUUUACGCCAAUUGGUGGUGUGACUCUGUGUGUCUUGCCUUUUUUACUCGUACUCAAUGGGCACAUAAUUAAUAGACAUUCUACGUUCGUUUUUAAUGGUAUACUCGUUGUGGUUGGUGUUGCUGCCGUGUUGGACUUAUUACUACUUUCCGUUUUCUCUUGCACGUGCUGAUUAAUAUUUGUUGUGAUCACAUGAAUAAUCGACAACUGCUACUUGUUGAUUUCUUCUUACGGAAGAUAGGCUUGCUGCUAAUUUAUUCUUGGUGAAUGCCGACUGAUUCACCAGAAUCAUGGGAACAUCUUGCUAGCACAUUCAUUGCAGUGAUACCUUGCUUAUUUGUUUGAUUUGUAUCAUUCUGCGCUGUCAUGUCUGUUGAAUGUCUUGAUGCUAUAUCGUGAAUGAUUAUAUUAUAUAUAGCUGAUAUGUAUUCAUUCAUUUUUAUUGUGCAUGUCAUUAAUCAUUUCGUUCAUUUUCUUCUGUAGUGAGUAAACCAUGAAGCCUUCUGGUAAGCGUACCAGCCAACACAGGGAUCAUGACAGAGAAGACAGGGAUCAAAAGCGGAGGCCGUCUCACACUCAGGAAACCUCCGGUACGGACGAAUUGGUUGUUUACCGGAUACUUUGUCCAGACAAAGUGAUUGGUAGUGUAAUUGGCAAGGGUGGCAAGGUGAUAAAUUCCAUCCGGCAACAGACGAAUGCCAAAGUCAAGAUUGUCGACCCAUACCCUGGUGCUGACAAAAGGGUUAUUUUGGUAUAUUGUUAUGUCAAGCAUAGAGACGUCAUGAUUAGCGACAUAGAUGCUGCUGCUGAUGAUGAUAGGGAGCCUGUUUGCGCAGCACAAAGUGCAUUACUCAAGGUGCAUGAUGCAAUUGUUGAUGCUCUGGCAAUCACUAGUGACUCUGAUGAUAAAGAAGCCAACAUUCUUGUACCAGCUAGUCAAGCUGCAAGUGUUAUUGGAAAAUCUGGUUCUGUCAUCAAGAGGCUUCGCUCAGUUUCAAAAUCAUUCAUUAAAGUUAAACCAAAAGAUCCAAGUGAUGUUACACAUUCAUGUGCUAUGAGUUUUGAUAAUUUCGUUCAGAUAACUGGGGACGCUAGAGCUGUCAAGAAGGCAUUGUUUGCAGUAUCAACAAUUAUCUACAAAUGUCCAUCAAAAGAGAACAUUUCUCUUGAAACAUCUAUUGACGAACUUCCUCCAACCAUUAUACUUCCUUCAGAGCUUCCAGUUUAUCCGGCUAGCAGCUUAUACUCAGUGUCAGAUGCUUCUGUGUCAUCUGGGCAUCCAAGUCUGUCUAUCUUAGGGGCAAGAAGUCGUGGUUCUCAUGUUCCUGAAUUUACUGUACCCACUGAUGCCCAUGGUGGAUUGCCCAUUUAUCAGUCUAUGGUCCCAGCUAUUCCUACUUAUAACACCCCCAAAUGUUCAGGAGAGCUAUUGGUGCGUGUUGUAUGCCCUGGUGACAAGAUUGGGUUAGUUAUUGGUAAAGGUGGGAUGACCAUAAAGAAUAUAAGGAAAGAAAGUGGUGCAAGCGUAGAUGUUGAUGACGCAAAGAAUGAUAAGGAGGAAAGCAUAAUCACCAUUUCGUCAACUGAGGCCACCAAUGAUGUUAAGUCUGCAGCUGUGGAAGCUGUUCUUCUGCUUCAAGCAAAGAUCAACGAUGAAACUGAAGAUAGAAUGCAUCUCCGCCUUCUUGUUCCGGGUAAUGUCAUUGGCUGCCUUAUCGGCAAGGGUGGUUCAAUCAUUAAUGAUAUGCGGAAUAAGUCUAAGGCAAUUAUCCACAUAUCCAAGGGUACUAAGCCCCGGAAGGCAUCUUCCAAUGAUGAGCUUGUCGAGGUGUUCGGGGAAGUGGACAAACUGCGUGAUGCUCUUGUUCAGAUCGUUCUAAGGCUCCGGGAAGAAGUUCUGAAGGACAGUGCGGGGAGGCAAAAUUCUGGCAAGGAUGGGAAGCUAACUGUUGCCACCACUGAACCCGUGUAUUCAAGCAGCUUUCCGAUGCCAGCAUUAUUACCUUACAGUCAACAAAUCACCCCAUUGCGCCAUGAACAAAGGGGUGAAGCUGAGCGUGGUUUGAAUGUAUUUCCUCGUAGCAGCUUGUAUCAUGGAUACAGCCCCAGGCAGGCUGUAGAUGAUGGAUUUGGAGUACGCUCCUCAUACACUUCAAAGCCUUAUGGAAGACGCGUCCCGGAUAUGGAAAUGUUUAUUCCUUCUAGCGGCCUUUCAAAAGUAAUGGGGAAGCAUGGUACAAACUUGGACAAUAUUAGAAAGAUUUCUGGAGCUGACAUUGAAAUUAUUGAAUCAAAAUCAUCUCGUCAUGAGCAUGUUGCUAACAUAUUUGGCACCCCGGAGCAGAGGCAGUCGGCAGAGAAUUUGAUCAAAGCUUUCAUAAUGUCUACUUAAGGAGGUUCCUGCUGUAGUUUGAAAGGAUAUAUGUGGACCCUUCAGUCAGCUCUAUCGGACUUCUCUUGUCAUCCCGUAGAUCAAAAACUGUGUUCUCCAUCCCUUCAACUCUCCAAUAAACCUCAUGCUUGUCUAUCUUCCUCAGACUCCCAACCAUGGCUAUACUUGUGUGGACUUGUCCGUGUUUAAUCGCAUGUUCAGAUAUUCCCGUCUAA